GACCAGCAGAGCGCACACGCAGCUGCACCUGGGCCCCAGAACCAAGGAGGAAGCGACAACCAAGUACUUGCCAGUUGUGCUGUGGCACGGCAUGGGCGACUCGUGCUGCAGCGAGCACUCCAUGGGCGCUGUGGCAGACAGCAUCCGCCAGGCCCUGCCCGGCACCUAUGUGCACAGCAUCGCCACCGGCCAGGGCGAAUCCGCCGACGUGCUCUCUUCCUACUUUGGCAGCGUGAACGCCCAGGUGGCGGCUGUGUGCGAUGAGCUGCUGGGGAUGCAGGAGCUCAAGGACGGCUUUGUGGCGGUGGGGUUUUCGCAGGGCGGCCAGUUCCUGCGUGCGGUGGCGCAGCGAUGCCAGCACCUGGGUCCCAGCAUGCACAGCCUGGUGACGGUGGGGGCGCAGCACCAGGGCGUGAUGGCGGUGCCGGGGUGCCUGCAGGGCGGCGACGCCAACAGCACGCUGUACUGCCGCAUCAUGCAGGGCCUGAUUGGCAGGGGCGCCUACUCGUGGCUGGUGCAGGGCCAUGUGGUGCAGGCGCAGUACGUCAAGGACCCCUGGCACCUGGACCUCUACCUGCAGCGCUCCCUGUUCCUGGCUGACCUGAACAACGAGGUGGCAGCUGCCCGGAAGCGGCGGUACCACGACAACCUCGCCUCCCUGCACCGCCUCGUGCUCUUCCAGUUUGACGCAGACGAAAUGGUUGUGCCCAAGGAGUCAUCCCACUUUGGCUUCUUCAAUGGCAGCCACCUGGUGCCGCUGCGGGAGCAGCCGCUGUACGCCCAGGACUGGCUGGGGCUGCGGGCGCUGGACGAGGCGGGGAGGCUGGAGCUGCUGCACGCGCCGGGCGCCCACAUGCGCUUCUCCCUGGCCUGGUUCCAGCAGGCGGUGGUGGUGCCGUACCUGGCAGUGCCAGCACCGGCAGCAGCGGCGGGGGCGGCAGCGGGUGCCGCCAGCAGGCGCUAG